AUGGUUCAAUUAUAUUUAAAUAUGAAUACAAUUGAUUGGAUAAUGGUCUCAUCUUUGGUCAUAGGAGCUUACGUUUUACGAUAUUAUUAUAAUUAUUUUACACGUAAAAAUCCCCUUCCUGGACCAAUUCCGUUCCCCAUUGUUGGAAAUUUGUUACAACUCGGUAUAGAUAUUUCCAAGAUGAUGGCUAGGUAUUUAGAUUCAAAGUAUGGAAAUAUAUCUGAAGCAUACUUUGGUUCGCAUCGAUCCAUUUUUGUAUCCGGAUUAGAUGAUGUGGAAAAAAUCUAUUCUCCAACGUCCAUCAAGUUUAAUAGUUUUAUGCAUAGGUUUUCAACAAAUGAAGGAAUUAGUGAACUAGGUUUGGAAAAAAGUGGAGUGAUGUUUAAUAGAGAUUUAAAAGAUUGGAGUAUUAAUCGCAGAAUGCUUACUCAAACCUUGAUGUCUACUGUAUUUUUAAGGAACAACAUUAAAUUGAUUGAAAAGAAUUGUGAUGAUUUAUUUCAAUAUUGGGAUUUAAUUGGUGUCACCGUACAUGAUAAUCGAACCGUGAUUGAAGUACCAAACUGGAUGAGAGUGUUUUCUAAUGAUUUAAUCCUUGAAACCAUCAUGAAUAAGAAAAGUUAUGCCAAAGCAAGUUAUUUUAAUCAUAUAACUGACAAAAAACUUGACAUUCCUCAACAUCUUUUAAAGCAAUCUGGUGAUCUCAUUGAAAACCUUUAUGUUGCCUUAAAGAGUGGAAUGUUUAUCAUAAACGUACCAGGUUGCAUUAGACACACAAUUUUUAAAUAUUUUAACGAUAUGAUUGUAGGUUUAUUUUAUGGGGUUGAAGAUGUAAUUGAUAAAAGGGUUAAAGAAAGGCGUCAAGAGAUUGAAUCGAUGCCCGUCGAAACAGAAUUACCAUCGGAUCUUUUGACCUUGAUGAUUACGACGAACACAUCACGUGAUCAAAAUAAAGUUAGGUUGGGGGAAUAUUCUGAACCUUUGUCUGACUCUUCAAUCUGUAAAAUUAUAGUGGAAUUGAUCGUUGGAGGAAAUUCAACUACAGCCUCAUUGUCUUUUAUCUUGGCUUAUCUUUGUAAUCAUCCUAAAGUUAAAGAUCGGUUGGUCAAAGAAAUUGAACAAGUUUAUGGCGUAAAUUUAUCACCAACAAUUACGUUUGAAUCACUUGAUAAACUUCGUUACUGUGAGGCUGUAUUACAUGAAACUGCUCGUAUUUGUCCGACAAUUGAAGUAUUCUUUAGAACAUCAAGUAAUCGAGUUGAACUUUGUGGUUAUACUUUUGAACCAAAUACAUUGUUUUGGACAAAUUUCUAUCGUCUUAAUAAUCAUGAAAAUUAUUGGGUUGAACCAGAAGUAUUUAAUCCUGAUAGAUUCUUGAAUAAUGAUUUGAAAAAGUUAAAGGCUUAUUAUCAAUUCGGUGGAGGAGUUAGGCAUUGCCCUGGUAGAUUCCUUGUUAUGAUACAACUUAAAACUUUCCUUGUACGUUUCUUUUCAAAGUAUGAUAUCGAAUCAACUGUUUCAAAUCAAUCUAUUAUAAAAGGUUUUGUUGGUGGUAUCACUAAUUGUGAGAAAUUUGAUGUUUAUAUUAAACCUAAAAAGAUUUGA